CCGUAACUUCUUGUACAAUUCAAUUUCAAACCUACUUCUAGUCGUAUACCCGACCCUUGGAAGUAAAUUAACAUCAUCCACCUGGGAAUUUAAAACAUAUUCCCUUGAGUAUAUAUACUAAUAGAACAUAGAAGAACUCCCGGUUAUGAUUUCUGUGGUCAACGGGGUUACUUCGUUGUCUCUCAGCAGUUCCGAUAGGAACAUUUGUGAGGAAACAGUUGAUUUCUACAGCGAUGUCGUUGGUCUUGACGUCCAAGAACUCAAUUCAAAUACCACUGUCGCCAGUUCCGACGAAACCAAAUUCACCGUCCAAAUUGUCCAUUCCAAGGAUUCCCGCUCUAAAGACGACACUAUCCGUGAGAGAGAUGCUCUUCUCGAACAAUGUAAGGUUGCCGAUUGGAGAUCCACCGUCUCCAGUGUGUCCCUCCAAGUAUCGGACUUGAACUCCUUGAUCACCGCCCUUAGAUUGAGACGGUAUCCAGUGCAAGUUACCCCCAAUGAACUUUACCCCAAUGAAGUCCAUACUAUCGAUCCUAUGGGUACUCUCAUUGGAUUCACCACCAAGUCCAACCCCAUGACCGUUGUUCCACCCGUGGUGAAACUCUCGAAAAACGUGGUACCGCAAUCAGCCCCAAUGUCGACCGUUCAUUCUGAUCUCUACAACACUGACCACCCGGCCAAGCGCAGAAACAUUGCCGUGAUGACUUCCGGUGGUGAUGCCCCCGGUAUGAACGCCAAUGUCCGUGCCAUUGUACGUGCUGCCAUUUUCAGAGGUUGUAAGGCCUUCUGUGUCAUGGAAGGUUACGAAGGUUUGGUCAGAGGUGGUCCAGAAUAUAUUAAGCAAAUGCUGUGGCAAGAUGUUCGUGGGUUCCUUUCCGAAGGUGGUACCAACAUCGGGACUGCCCGUUGUAUGGCUUUCAAGGAGCGUGCUGGUCGUUUGAAGGGUUGUAAGCAUCUUAUUGAGGCUGGCAUCGAUGCUCUUAUUGUUUGUGGUGGUGAUGGUUCUCUUACCGGGGCCGAUCUCUUCCGUGCUGAAUGGCCCUCUCUUAUCGCUGAGUUGAGAGACACAAAGCAAGUGACCACUGAACAAUACGAAACCUACAAGCAUUUGAACAUCUGUGGUACCGUUGGAUCCAUUGACAACGAUAUGGCCACCACUGAUGCCACCAUUGGUGCAUACUCUUCUUUGGCAAGAAUCUGUCAAGCCAUUGACUAUAUCGAUGCCACUGCCAACUCCCAUUCCAGAGCUUUUGUUGUUGAAGUCAUGGGAAGACAUUGUGGUUGGUUGGCUCUUAUGGCUGGUAUUGCCACCAGUGCUGAUUACAUUUUAAUUCCAGAAAAGCCUUCCUCUUCCAAAGAUUGGCAAGAACAAAUGUGUCAGAUUGUAUCCAAGCAUAGAUCUAAGGGUAAGAGAAAGACCAUUGUGAUUGUUGCCGAAGGUGCUAUCACCCUGGACUUGCAACACAUUAGUGCCAACGAUGUUAAGGAUGUCCUUGUGGACAAAUUAGGCUUGGACACCAGAGUCACCACCUUGGGUCAUGUUCAAAGAGGUGGUACUGCUGUGGCCUAUGACCGUAUCUUGGCCACUUUGCAAGGUGUUGAAGCCGUCAAGGCUGUUUUGAGUUGUACUCCAGAAACCCCAUCUCCAUUGAUUGCCAUUGAAGAAAACAAAAUUGUUCGUAAGCCACUUGUGGAGGCCGUUAAGAUCACCCAAAGUGUAGCCACUGCAAUUGAAAACAAGGACUUUGAAAAGGCCAUGUCUUUGAGAGAUUCUGAGUUUGUUGAACAUUUGAACAAUUUCAUUGCUAUGAACUCUGCCAACCAUAACGAACCAACCUUGCCAGUGGAAAAGAGAAAGAAGAUUGCCAUCAUCAACAUCGGUGCCCCAGCUGGUGGUAUGAACAGUGCCGUCUACUCGAUGGCCACCUACUGUAUGUCCAGAGGGCAUACUCCAUACGCAAUUCACAACGGGUUCGCUGGUUUGGCCAGACACGAGUCUGUCCGUCUGAUUGACUGGUUAGAAAUCGAAGGAUGGAACUCCAUUGGUGGUUCCGAAAUCGGUACCAACCGUUCGACUCCAGAAGACACUGAUCUUGGAAUGAUUGCCUAUUACUUUGAAAAGUACCAAUUCGAUGGUUUGAUUCUUGUUGGUGGGUUCGAAGCCUUUGUAUCCUUGGAUCAAUUGGAAAAGGCCCGUAUUGUAUACCCUGCCUUCCGUAUUCCUAUGGUUUUGAUUCCUGCCACCAUUUCCAACAAUGUUCCAGGUACUGAAUAUUCUUUAGGUUCUGACACAUGUUUGAAUUCAUUGAUGGACUAUUGUGAUGUUGUAAAGCAAUCUGCUUCCUCUACCAGAGAUAGAGCGUUUGUGAUUGAAGUUCAAGGGGGUAACUCCGGAUAUAUUGCCACCUUUGCGGCUCUUGCAUGUGGUGCCCAAGCAUCGUACGUUCCUGAAGAAGGUAUCACUCUUGACCAAUUGGAACUGGAUAUCAAAUCAUUACGUGAAUCCUUCGCUGUAGACAGCGGUAUGUCCAAGGCAGGUAAGUUGAUCUUGAAGAGUACCAAUGCCCUGAAGGUGUUGACCACUCAAGUUCUUGCCGAUAUCAUCAAGCUGGAAUCCGAUGGUAAGUUUGAUGCCAAGACUGCCAUUCCUGGUCAUGUACAACAAGGUGGUUUGCCAUCUCCAAUCGAUAGAACUAGAGCCGCCAGAUUUACUGUCAAGGCUGUUGAAUUCAUUGAAGAUAGAUUUGAAGAUAUUGCCAAGCACAAGUACAGUGUAGACUUUGCAUACGAUGAUGCCACUGCCUCAUCUACAGCUGCCGUUCUUGGAAUCAAGCUGUCUCAUUUAAGAUUCAAGUCCAUCCGUCACUUGUACGACUUUGAGACUGAACUUGGUAAGAGAAUGCCAAAGAAGAUUUCAUGGGCAGAUGCCAGAGAUAUUGCCGAUCAAUUGGUUGGUAGAACAAGAAUAGAAAAGCCAAUUGGAGUUUAAAUUGGUUAAUGUAAAUGAAUGAAGUUAAGUAUUUAGUAUAAUAAAAUAAAAGAAAGGAAUAGAGAAGA